AUGGUGGGGCCUCUCCCCCUACAAAACCUUACUGCCUCCCGUGUCACCGCCACCUCCGUGUCCAUGGCGUGGGAGCAGCCGCCUGCCGGUGCCGUGGAGGGGUACAUCAUCAAUGUCACCACCACUCAGAGCGUGAAGAGCCGCUACGUGCCCAAUGGGAAGCUUGUGUCCUACACGGUGCGGGACCUGCUCCCCGGGCAGCGGUACCGCCUGUCCGUGACGGGGGAAGGCCAACUGCACAGCGAGCCCAUCCACCUCUAUGUCACCACCUUGCAGAGGGAUGGGGCCCCGGAGAGACGGUGGAGCCAGGCUGGACACACCCGGGUCCUGCGCAACAGGCUGCCCCCAGCUUUCCUGCCUGAACUCCGCUUGCUAGCAGAUCACGACACAGCUGAGGAGCCCUCGGCAGCCCCCAGGUUCACCGAGCUGGUGGAUGGCAGAGGGAGGAUCAGCACCAAGUUCGGCACUGCGCUGAGCAAAUCCAUCACUGUGAAGAAUCGCUGGAUCCCACCGAGGGGGCUGCCUUUGGGUCUGGCCCCGGCUGGAGGUCGUGGCCGAGAGCCGGAGGCUCCAGUGAAGCUGGAGAACAUGGAGGUGUCCAGCCAGGGCAGUCUGGCACUGCAGCUGCGCGAGACAAAGAGCAAGAGCGAGGGGCAGAACUGCUCCACAAACCCCUGCAGGAACGGAGGCACUUGUGCCAGGGACGCCGAGUCUUACCACUGCAACUGCCGCCCGGGAUUCAAGGGCCGGCUCUGCGAGCUGGCCUGCAAGAAGGUGCCACACUCGUGCACACGGCUGUACUCGGAAACCAAGCCAUUACCCGUGUGGGAAGGAGGCACCUGCCCUCGCCGGGAGGGGCGGCGCCCCCCUGCCACUGCCUCCUUCCUGCAAUGGAGGCGGAAGGGCCUGGCUGUGUACAGGAGAGUCUACAAGGUACACCAGGACAUCUGCUACAAGGAGAGCUGCGAGAGCACCGGUUCCAAGAAGACAACCAGCAG